CUACGUAGGUUAUAAAUCCCAUUUCCAUUAGAUUUGUGUUAAAACACAAACACCAACAUUGUGUACCAUGGCCUUUCACACACUCAAGCAAGGCUCCUUCCUAGUGGUACUAAUCCUAGCCAUUUCCCAAACGUUGAAUGCUGGAGACCCGGAUAUCAUUUCCGACUUCUUAAUCCCCGCAAAUGUUACCAUAGUAGGCAGUAACUUCUUCACCUACACCGGCUUCCGGGUGCUUGUAGAUGUGGACCCACCCACCACGUUUAAGGUCACGAAAGCAAGCAUGGCCGAGUUCCCAGCCCUCAAUGGUCAGAGCGUCUCGUUUGCAGUUCUACAAUACCCGGCCGGGUCAGUAAACCCCCUUCACACCCACCCCCGCUCUGCCGAGCUCUUGUUACUCUUGGAUGGGUCCCUGGAGGUGGGGUUUGUCGACACGACUAACAAACUUUACACUCAGACCCUCCAGCCAGGCGACAUGUUUGUAUUCCCUAAGGGACUCAUACACUACCAAUACAAUCGUGACGGUCAAGAUCCGGCGCUUGCUAUCUCGUCCUUUGGAAGUGCGAAUGCUGGAACAGUGUCAGUUCCUGGCACUGUCUUCGCCACAGGCAUCGAUGAUGAUAUCCUUGUGAAAUCUUUCAAGACCGACGACGCCACGGUUCAGAAGAUCAAGGCUGGACUUGCAUCCAAGGCUUAAAGAUUUGAAGAAUUAGAUCGUACGUUGUUUUGAAUAAGAAAAUAAUAAUUCCUUUCGAUUUUCUAUUUAUGUAGGCUCAUUGUAUUCGAACAUUGGU